CUGCGCGGGGCCCGGGGAAAGGAAGUGUCCGGUGCCCGGUGUCCGCCGCCCCGGUAUGCGCUGAGCCGCCCCGCGGCGCCGAGCCGCCCGCCCGAGGUGUGAAUGACAGAGGAGGUGCCCCCGACUGCACUGACCGAGGUGAACCUGCGUCUGCUCUGCCACGAUGACAUAGACACUGUCAAACAGCUCUGUGGAGACUGGUUCCCCAUUGAGUACCCUGACUCAUGGUACCGAGACAUCACCUCCAACAAGAAGUUCUUUUCCCUCGCAGCCACCUACAGAGGCUCCAUUGUGGGCAUGAUAGUGGCAGAGAUCAAGAGCAGAACAAAGGUGCAUAAAGAGGAUGGAGACAUCCUAGCUUCCAGCUUUCCCGUGGACACUCAAGUUGCUUACAUCCUCAGUCUUGGAGUGGUGAAGGAGUUCAGAAAACAUGGAAUAGGUUCCCUCCUGCUUGAAAGUUUAAAAGACCACAUCUCAACAACUGCCCAGGAUCACUGCAAAGCCAUCUACCUGCACGUCCUCACCACCAACAACACAGCAAUAAACUUCUAUGAAAACAGAGACUUUAAGCAGCACCACUACCUGCCCUAUUACUACUCCAUCCGGGGGGUCCUCAAAGAUGGUUUUACCUACGUGCUGUACAUCAACGGUGGGCACCCACCCUGGACAAUCUUUGACUACCUACAGCACAUUGGAUCCACACUAGCCAGCCUGAGCCCGUGUUCCAUUCCCCAGAGGAUAUACAGACAGGCCCAGAGCCUCCUCUGCAGCCUCCUGCCCUGGUCUGGCAUUUCUGCCAAGAGUGGCAUUGAGUACAGCAGGACAAUGUGACUGGGGCAGAGGUGUACAGAAAGCAAAGGAUUGUUCUUCCUUCCAUCCCCUGAACCAUCCGGCUCUGCGCUGCUCCCACUGAUGAUGAUGAUGAUGAUGAUGAUGAUGAUGGCUCUUGGUCAGUGACCCCACCCCUGGCUGGGACUCCUCGUUCCACAGGUUGGCUGAGAUUUGGCAGCCUCUUCACCCAUGGGUGCUGCAGCCCUGCCUGACCCCCGUGGCCUGGAGCCCCCCCGUGCUGCCCGGGCUGAGGGUCCUCGGUGUCACCUCUCUGUGUGCAUGUUGCACUGUCCCCACUCCCCCUUCCCUGGCCUCUGCCUUGUCCCUCUUUGUAUCCAUGAUGUAGAGGGGGGGUGGGGUUGCUGCUUCCACACCACAGCUACAGAUGGCAGCCUGAGGGAUGGGACUGAACCUGCACUGACCAAGCGUGUCAAGGAGCUGUAAGUCCCCUGGCAGGGUGGGACACGGGAGGGGAAGGCUGGAGCAGGGCAAGGGAAUGGGGAGCAAGGAUCAUGUCCAGGUCCUGCCAGGUCAGCUGCUUCCAGGUGCUUCCCAUGGAACAGCCCAGCCCUGGCAGCCCUCUGGAGUGAGGCACUAAGCAGCAUCUGAUGGAGGAUCAGAAGGCAGGGAAUGAAACUGCUAUUUCAUAGUGAAAUAUAUAUAUAUUAUACU